UUGAAUCGUCAUCCAACUUGGAAUUCCAAGUGGGAAACAAGGGCAUCUUUGUUGACCUGAAGAUCACUGACGUCAUGAUUUUGACUUUUUUAUAUAUUUAAAAAAAAUAUUUUUUAGUUCCAAGUUGUCUUGAAAGCACCAAAAGGUCCAUCGCCAGUCCGGGAGGACAUGUGACGUGGUUUAUUUGCCUGGGAAAGGGGCAGACCCGAAACCCGUACAAGGCAUAGGCUAAUUGUAUUUGUGAAAUAUAGCGUACAUAAAUACCAAUAGGUAGGCUACAGUCGGGCCGGAGGGUGCGUUUCAUUAGGCUGAAGUCAAGGGAGAUAAACGAUUGAUGGACUAAAGGUCGGGUUGUCACGCUUUGGAAAGUGCGGGCGGUGGAGGAAUUGCGAAAAGGAUUUCAUUUGUGAGAGAGGAGUGCUCUAGCAAGUUAUGGCUUCAGCAGUCCAUUCUGCACUGGGGUGGCCAUAUAGAUGAAUGACUGAAUGACCAUUUGGGGUUUUACAAAAAACAAAAAAAAAACGUCAUUUUUCUUCUGGAAUAUGUCUUACAUUUUAUUGGACUAUUUGACCAAUUUCGUUUCAAUAUAGUUAUAGUUGAAUAUCCUUGAUAACUUGAUACGCUGCCUAGUGGAAAUACCGAUUUUGGAUUUGUACAGAACAUUUGACCUCCAUAGGUGAUUUCUGAUUAUUGAUCCUUUAUAACAUUCUGGAAUAUGGCACGUUAUUUUGAAGGUCUCAGUAAGGGUGUGCCUAACGGAGGGAUGGCCCAGUUUCAGGAGGAGAUGAGGCAGCAGCUGGAGACCUCCAUGCACGCAGAGCUGGAGAAACUACUGGACACUGCCACGGGGGUCGACAAGGAGGUCUCCAAGAAGGACUUUGAUGGAUUCAAGAAGCUGUUCCACAGGUUUCUGCAGGUGAAGGGGCCAUCGGUGGACUGGCCCAAGAUACACAGACCUCCAGAAGACUCAAUCCAGCCCUAUGAUAAGAUAGCAGCGCUGCCCCUGCCGGACAGCCUGGCAGACAGUCUCAACAAGCUGGUGGUCGUCAAGUUGAAUGGAGGCCUGGGGACCAGCAUGGGCUGUAAAGGCCCCAAGAGCCUCAUCAGCGUCCGCAACGAGAACACUUUCCUGGACCUCACCGUGCAGCAGAUAGAGCACUUGAACAAGAAGUACAACACAGACGUUCCUCUGGUCCUGAUGAACUCCUUCAACACGGAUGAAGACACCAAGAAGAUCCUUCAGAAAUACACACACCACCGUGUCAAGAUACACACCUUCAACCAGAGCAGGUACCCCCGUAUUAAUAAAGAGUCCCUCCUGCCUGUGGCCACAGACAUUGGUAUGAUGGGUGAGAACGCUGACGUGUGGUACCCUCCUGGCCACGGGGACAUCUACGCCAGCUUCUACAACUCUGGUCUGCUGGAUCAGCUCAUCACAGAGGGCAAGGAGUACAUCUUUGUGUCUAACAUUGAUAACCUGGGUGCUACGGUGGACCUGAACAUCCUGCAUCACCUGGUGAGCCAGCCCAACGGGAAACGCUGUGAGUUCAUCAUGGAGGUCACCGACAAGACCCGCGCUGACGUCAAGGGCGGUACUCUUAUUCAGUAUGAUAACAAGCUGCGUCUGCUGGAGAUAGCCCAGGUCCCCAAGGCCCAUGUAGAUGAGUUCAAAUCAGUCACCAAGUUUAAGAUCUUCAACACCAACAACCUGUGGAUCUCUCUGGGCGCCAUCAAGAGGCUGCAGGAGCAGAACGCCAUGGACAUGGAGAUCAUCGUUAACCCCAAGACACUGGACGGCGGUCAGAACGUGAUCCAGCUGGAGACGGCGGUGGGCGCGGCCAUCAAGAGCUUCGACAACGCCCUGGGCAUCAACGUGCCGCGAUCCCGCUUCCUGCCCGUCAAGACCGUCUCUGACCUCCUAUUGGUCAUGUCCAACCUCUACAGCCUGGAGGCGGGCUCUCUCACCAUGAGCCAGAAGAGAGAGUUCCCUACCACGCCCCACGUCAAGCUGGGCAGCUCCUUUACUAAGGUCCAGGAAUACCAGACGCGGUUCGAGAGCAUCCCUGAUAUGCUGGAGCUGGAUCACCUGACUGUGUCCGGUGACGUCACGUUUGGAAAACAAGUUUCUCUCAAGGGAACGGUCAUCAUCAUAGCCAAUCACGGAGAUCGUAUCGACAUCCCGGCUGGAACGAUACUGGAGAACAAGAUUGUGUCGGGCAACCUUCGCAUCUUGGACCACUGAAGCCUUUAACUACUCCUCCAGCACCACAGACACAUCCACCACCAUCAUGUGACCAAGCCAAACACAUCAACCCCAACCAUGUGACCAGACAUCCACCACCAUCAUGUGACCAGACACAUUCACCCCAAUCAUGUGACCGAGCCAGACUUGAUCCAGACUCCUUUAAAUAAACUCCUUAGAGAGAGGUGUCAUACCCAACAGAUUGUGAUGUGAUAUCCAUGCUAUACUAUACCUGUAGUAUUUCAGCUCCCUGCCCAUUAGAUUCCCUUACUGGAUGAGAAUCGUGAUAGAAGUCAAAUGGAUGUGAUGUCAAUGGGAGAUUCAAUAUCUACUGUACAUGUCAGUACAGUCUUAGUCUGGGAUUCAAUAUCUACUGUACAUGUCAGUACAGUCUUAGACUGGGAUUCAAUAUCUACUGUACAUG